CAGCAUUAAUCGCAUCAAGAGCGAGUCGCACCGCGUCGCGAGUUGCCAGUCCGCCGUCACCCCACAAUGCUCGCCCUAAGGACAGGGCGACAGGCCCUGCGGAGGGCACUGGCCGCCACUCCCUCCUCGGCCGUCACCUUACCCGGCUUCCUCGUCCCUGCGUUCCAGACGCCGACGGCGCGAAACUUCUCGGCGACGACACACCGGCCCUCCAAGCUUGGGAGGACACCGCUCUCGGUGCCGCCCGGCGUGGAACUCCAGAUAAGCGAACCGUAUAUCAAGAAGAACAUGACGUCGUAUCUGAAGACGUACAAGAGGAACAUCACAGUGACGGGGCCGUUGGGGACGCUGAACCUGGAGAUUCCCGAUUACAUCAACGUCAACCACGACCCGGCCGCUAGGAGGGUAGAGCUCAGCGUGAAGGACCAGAACCAGAGGAACCAGCGAGAGAUGUGGGGUACGGACCAUUGGAACAGACGAGCCGAGCAACCGGAGCAGGUGGGCUGACAGACCGAUCGAUAGGCACCACAUGGUCGUACCUUAACAACUACAUCAUGGGCGUGUCAGAAGGGCACACGGCCGUUCUCCGCCUCGUGGGUAUCGGAUACAGGGCGACGGUCGAGCCGCGGCCCGAGAUGGAGGAGUACCCCGGGCAACAAUUCGUCUGCCUCAAGCUGGGCUUUUCGCACCCGGUCGAGAUGGGCCUGCCCGAAGGCGUGAAGGCUAGCGCGCCACAGCCGACAAGAGUACUGCUCGAGGGCAUCGACAAGGA